AUGGUGCAAUUUAACUCAGCCCAAAGACGGCCGUUAAGCGUCCAAUUUGCUGAAAAAGUGUCGAGAGAAUGGGACAGAUUUGGGUCGAAUUUCACGGCAGAGGGGCAGACGGUGGAGCUGCCGGAAUCAGUGGUGCCGGAGGCAUACCGGGAGUGGGAGUUCAAAGUAUUCGACUGGCAAACACAGUGCCCCACCCUCGCUGAAACCCUAGGCAACUCCCCCUCUCUCACGUAUAGAUCCAUCAAGCUCUUCCCCACCGUCGGAUGCGAAACCGAUGCCGCCACUGUCUACACCUCCGAUGAGAGAAAUAUCUUUGAUGCCUCCGCCUUCACAUAUGCUUCCACCGGAUGUUACGUAGCGGAACAAAGGAUCGAUUCCGUAUCCAAAUCGGUGGAGCUAGAGCACUGCCUGAUUGAUCCGACUAACAAAAAGUCGAGGGUGAGGGUGAUUCAGGUGCUCAAUUUGCAGGAAUUUGAGCUGAAAUUGGUUCGGAUCAAGGUGUUUGUAGAGCAAUGGUACGCCCCCUUCCAGAACGACGAUCAGCUCAGAACAGGAAGGGACAACCGGGGGAGGGUUCAUUGGGCGGUAGGAAAAAAAACCCUGUGGGAUGGGUUAAAUUACACCAUUUUUAUGGACUAUGAGGAGGUGUUUGGGUCAAGGUCGAGAAUGUGGGGUAAACGCUCUAGGGGUCUCUACUUGAGGGGUGAAUCUGCACCUUAA